UUAUCAAGUGGAAAGUUGUUGGCACAUCAGAUACUGGUCGAGUGUAGGCAACACCUGUCGGCACCGGUGGUGUUGGACAACCAAUUGAGCGCCGAUAUGACCGACAAAACACUGUCGAUUUUCCGGGAAAUGUUGACAAAACAUAACACACUAUACGAUGUGUGUAAACAUGUGGUCGAUUACAUGGAUCUCGAGUACGGCAGUAGUUGGCACUGUUUGGUUGAUUAUGACGAAUACAAUGGAUGUUUAAUGAUUGACAAUAAUUUUCUGGUGAAAGUGAAAUUCACCCCGGUUACGUUUACUUUAUUUCAUACAAUGCGGUUUUAUUGGUCAAAUUUCAAGGCCCGACUCGAGCACAACAAAAUUACCCGCAAAUUGGACAUAGAGUAUACGGCUAUGAAUGAGUCGAUGGUAUCGUUUGUGACGAACAUUGUGUUUGAGGCCAUCGACAGUAAUGACAAUAUAAGCGCUACAAUUCAUUACAUUGUGACCCAAAUGAAGGCCAGAUAUCCGGUCAGAGAGUGGCAGUGCUUUGUCUACUAUAGAGAGUGGCCUGAUGAGGUCAAAUACAAAUAUCUUAAUGAACAUGCAGUAAACUAUGGCUAUAAAGUGGCGCAUUGUUUGCGAUGUCAUGAGACACACACACCGGGCGCCGACUGUAUAGAAUUGUUUAGGGAAGUGAUUGAGCCAAUAAUGGUUGAUAAUGACACCCAAAGUGAUCAUGGUACUAAUGAUGGCGAUGAUCAUACAUUAUCUUGUAAAACAGUGCCUAAAAAGCAAAUGCCUGUCGAGUGCAACAAUGAUUACGAUAAUAAUGAUGAUUGUUGUGCUAAUACAUCAUCACUACCACAGAUAAAUCUCUCCGAAGAGCAGAUACUGGCCGAGUGUAGGCGACAGCUGUCGGCACCGGAAUUAUUCAACAACCAAAUGAGCGCCGAUAUGACCGACAAAACACUGGCUAUAAUUAGGGAAAUGUUGAUAAAAUAUAAAACCGUUUACGAUGUGUGCGAAAAUGUGGUCGAUUGCAUGGAGCUUGAGUUUGGCACCUGCGGGACACGACUGGCCACUGAUGGCCAGCCGUAG